AUCUUAUCGCGCUUUAUUCACGCAUCGAAGGAGCUGCCCCGUGCGAGUUUCUGGCAGCUGGCGCAAACUGUCUGAUAUAAAAGUGCUCAGAAGAUUCCCCGACGCAUCGACUUCAAAGCCGACGACAACGAAGACGUUAGACAAGAUGGGCGUGUUCAGCACCAGCGUGGUCCUGCUGAGCUUGGCAGUCUGCGGUACCCUGGCGGGAAGAUCGCUGCCUGGUGGCUGGAGGUCGAGGGACGUCUACAGCGAUCCCGCGUACGCCGAGCUGGCCCACUACGCCGUUUCGAGCCAAGCGGGGGACAGCGAGUUCUAUGACACUGUCCUGGAGCUCUUAGAAGUGGAGACUCAGGUUGUCGCUGGAAUGAACUACCGACUCAAGUUCAGCACGGCUGAGACUGCCUGCAAAGUCGGAGUGGAUGAAUAUUCCCGGGAACGCUGCCUGCCAAAAGUCAAUCUGCCCAAGGCAACCUGCACUGCGGUGGUGUACGAGCGCCCCUGGCAAAAUCACCGUGAAGUCACAAGUUACGAGUGCGUUUGAGGAUGGGCUUCAUUCGAACACGACUCCAAGUGAACAUUCAUGCAGUGGUGCAUAAAAAAAACGGUCUUGGAAUUAUUAAAAAAAAAGUCAAACAA